AUGGAGCGCAAUCAAAACGCGCCCGAUCGAUUCUCAUUCUUCACCUCUGAGCGUGACGAAACGGUGCAUGCUCCAAGCAUUAGCGGAUUGCUGGGCGAAUCGAAGGCACGCUCCUUCAAGGACCUCUUCCGUGCUGAUCAAGGUAUUUGGUGGCUCGACGUUUUAUGCCCCUCUGACCUCGAGAUGCGCAUCUUGGCAAAAGCAUUUGGCAUCCAUCCGCUCACGGCAGAAGACAUUCGUGUCCAAGAAACGCGAGAAAAGGUGGAACUCUUCAAGUCCUACUACUUUGUCUGUUUCCGAUCCUUUGAUCACGACAAGGACUCUGAAGAUUUCUUGGAGCCCGUCAACAUCUAUCUCGUGGUGUUCAAGGAAGGUAUUUUGUCCUUCCACUUUGAGCCGACCAUGCAUCCCGCCAAUGUGCGUCGACGUAUCCGUCAGCUGCGUGAUUACCUGCACGUCUCAUCAGACUGGAUCUCCUAUGCCAUCAUUGAUGACAUUACAGAUGUGUUUAUGCCGUCCAUCCACGAAAUGGAACAAGAGACGGACGCUAUUGAGGAUGCUGUGCUGAUCGCGCGCUCCGAUGACUCUGGUGCUAUGCUUCGGCGUAUCGGCGAAUGCCGCAAGCGUGUCAUGGCGCUCUUCCGCCUACUUUUCGGCAAAGCAGAUGUCAUUAAGCAAUUCGCGAAACGCUCUCACGAAGGCCUCUCGAAUGGCGAGCGUAGCUCUGAUGUUGGCUUGUAUCUCGGUGAUAUUCAAGACCACGUCAUCACCAUGACUCAAACGCUUGUUCAAAUUGAAAAGAUUCUGUCUCGUUCGCAUGCCAACUACCUGGCUCAGCUCUCGGUGGAUUCCAUCUCGAUGAAUAAUCGCCUCAACAAGGCACUUGGCAAGAUCACCUUUAUUGCAACGAUGCUCGUGCCGUGCACACUGCUGACAUCGGCGUUUGGUAUGAAUGUCGCUGUUCCGGGACGCGAUGUCAAUUCGCUCUGGCCAUUCUUCACGUUGUGUGGAAGUAUGGUUUUGUUUGUGUUUAUCUGUUUCCUCUAUGCUCGUCGACGCGGUGCCUUCCAGUAG